UCAAAAGAAUUAAUUAUGAGUUGGCCUUCAAGUGUAAUUUCUUCCAACUGGGGAACCACAACUGCUAUGGCGGCAAACGGCGAAAACUUUGUCGUAUUCGGAGACAACACCUGGGAAGUUAAACCAAAUGGCGAUUACACUCAAAUUAAAUCAGAUUGGCCAAAGACUGUAGCAGCAACUACUAAUGGCAACUUCAUUUACGCUAUUCGUCCUGAAGGAUACAUUUACAAUAUUAGAACCACGUCUUACACCGAUGUUUUCAAAUGA